AUGAAAACAUCGCUCCAAACAAAAAUAAAACAAAAAGAGGAGGAACUAAAAGAUCUCCAAGAGAUUCGCUCCUAUACUGGGGUCCUCACCGAGCAAUUGGAACAAAUUGAAAAGAAACUAGAUGAGCUUGCUGGCGGUGCCGAAAGUGUAGCCCUUGUCUUGUCAAGCUGGCAAAAUAUCAUGAGCUCCGUCUCGUUGGCGUCACUUGGAGUUUUGAAUUAUGCCAAGAAAGACUAUGAGCUCGGUUGCCCAUUGCCCGAGCCUUUGGUGCGGAUCAAUCUACAUAAAGAUAAUGAGAAUUUGCCAACAACAGAGAGCGAUCCUUAG